AUGUUUAAAAAGGGCUCUGAAGUUCGUUCUUCAUCAUCCGUAUUGACGCUAGAUCUAGAAUCUGGUAACAAUGUCACAUCUAUUAAUGGUAAAUUCGAUUUAGAUAAAGAUAAACUUGAGAGUCAAGUCAUUACCAAUUUAGUUGAUAACGUCUCUACUACUACUUUGAGUGACGACGAACAACCAGAGAAGCUAUUACCUUCAGAAUACAAUUCCAUAUGGCAGAAGAUUUACUACGAAUAUUUAAUUGUAGAUAAAUCUACAAUUGGUGUUCCAUUUGUUCAAUCUUUUAUGUACAAUCAUGAUUUAAAGCCAGUCGAAGAAGCUAGAAGAACUUGGUCAUGGUAUAACUAUGCUUAUUUUUGGUUAGCCGAAUGUUUCAACAUUAAUACCUGGGAAGUUGCCGCAACUGGCUUACAAUUGGGUUUAAAUUGGUGGCAAUGUUGGAUUACGAUUUGGAUUGGUUACACUUUUGUUGCAAUCUUUGUCUCAUUGUCUUCAAGAGUUGGUGCAGCUUACCAUGUUUCAUUUCCAAUAUCUGCAAGAGCUUCUUUUGGUAUAUUCUUCUCUUUAUGGCCGAUUAUUAAUCGUGUCGUCAUGGCUGUCAUUUGGUACUCAGUCCAAAGUUGGAUUUGUGUUGAACCAAUCUCUUUAAUGUUAAAAUCAAUUUUUGGUAAUGACUUGGAAGAAAGAAUUCCAAAUCAUUUUGGUCAAAAGAAUGCUACUACUUAUGAAUAUAUGUGUUUCUUCAUUUUCUGGGUAGUUAGUUUCCCAUUUUUAUUAGUACCUCCACAUAAAAUUAAACAUUUAUUUACAGUAAAGGCCAUCUUAGUACCAUUUGGUGCCUUUGGUUUUAUGAUCUGGGCUUUAAAGAAAACUAAUGGUAAUAUCGAAUUAGGUUCAUUAAAUGAUAUUUCUCCUAAGGGAUCCGCUUUCUCCUGGGCCUUCAUUAGAGGUAUCAUUAGUUGUAUUGCAAACUUCUCUACCUUAGUUGUCAAUGCUCCAGAUUUUUCAAGAUUUGGUGAUACUCCAAAUGCAUCAUUAUAUUCACAAUUGAUUGCAAUCCCAGUACUAUUCUCAAUUACAAGUUUAAUUGGUAUUAUAGUUACUUCCGCCGGUUACACAUUAUACGGUGUCAACUAUUGGUCUCCAGUUGAUGUUCUUCAAAGAUUUUUAGAAACAUCAUAUACAAGUGGAACUAGAGCCGGUGUUUUCUUAAUAUCCUUUGUGUUUGCUGUUGCUCAGUUGGGUACAAACAUUUCCGCAAACUCAUUAUCAUGUGGUACUGAUAUGAGUGCUUUAUUGCCAAAAUUUAUCAAUAUUAGAAGAGGUUCUGUAUUCUGUGCUUUUAUGGCAUUAUGUAUAUGUCCAUGGAACCUAUUGGCAUCUUCUAGUAAAUUUACAUCAGCUCUUGGUGCAUAUGCCAUCUUUUUAUCAUCUAUUGCUGGUGUUAUCGCAUCAGACUAUUUUGUCGUUAGAAGAGGUUAUAUUAAGCUAACUCACUUAUAUUCCAAACAAAAAGGUUCCUACUAUAUGUACGGAAAUAGAUUUGGAAUUAAUUGGAGGGCUCUAGUUGCAUAUUUCUGCGGUGUUGCUCCAAAUUUACCUGGUUUCAUUGGUGAUGUCGGUGCUCCAAAGGUCACUGUAUCAGAAAAUGCCAUGAAACUGUAUUAUUUGAGUUAUUGGAUUGGUUACAUGUUCAGUUUCAUAGCAUAUACCUUGUUGUGUUACUUUUUCCCAGUAGAAGGAUCUCCAGUUAAGAAUAUCUUAAGAGAUAAAGGUUGGUUCCAGAGAUGGCAAAAUGUCGAAGAUUUUGAAUUAACCUGGUUAGAAAAUUCAAAGAAGAAUGACUUAACCGAUGAUCAAUCAACCAUACAUGAUCACUCUGAUGAAAAGAUUUUCUAUUAA